GCUUCUCUCUAAGGCUGAGCCUUAGUCGUAUAUUUUACCUUUCGACACCCCCGGCGACUUCAUCUUUUAGCCUUCUACCUAGUCUCUCGCUUAGUGGCCCUGACUCUUCGCUUAUGUAUCUUCCGCUGGCUUUACCCCUUUUGUUAUUCGCCCAGGCGGCACCUGCGGCUCGUGCAUUCGAGCCUCACAGGUCGUUGGCACGAGCGACGGAACAAUUUCACAGAUACGCAAAGAGACAUAGUGCACGAUUCGCUCGCGACCUCCGUGUUGUCUUCCAAGGCCUGUCUGUCGAGCAAGCCGACUCUGACCCGAACGCUUCACGUCAAGUGUACUGCGUUCGUCCAGAUGACUUAUCGGCAGGACUAAAAGGGAAUGGGUCGUCCACGUCCCCAGCUACGAACCGCCCUGGAUCGACGGGAACCGCUUCAGGGGCGACGCCAACUGCUACAUCUGCUUACAAGUUAGUCGAAUCGCAUUCAGGAAAGAAUUUCUUCGACAGAUUCUCGUUCUGGGACAUCGCGGAUCCCACUGAUGGUACUGUUGACUACCAAAGCCAAUCAAAUGCGGAGUCCGACGGUUUGAUAAACAUUAAUGAUGCUGGCAACGCUGUGAUGAGAGUAGACACAACAUCGACGAUAUCCGGGAAUCGGAAGAGCGUCCGCAUAACCACCGAGAAUACUUUCACUCAGGGUAUUUUCGUUCUCGAUGCCGUACAUAUGCCGCAAGGCUGCGGAACCUGGCCUGCUUUCUGGUCAAAUGGUCCCGACUGGCCUACGUUUGGUGAAAUAGACAUCAUGGAAGGUGUAAAUGACUACACAAACAACCAGGCCACGGUUCACACUGCACCAGGAUGCACUAUUCCAUCAAAUUCGACUCCCCAAUCGCUCGAUAUUGCAGCAACGCUUGUUGGUGUCACCAAUUGCGCUGCAGCGGAGACAAGUAAUCAGGGAUGUGGUAUGAGAUCUAACUCGAAUACCACCUAUGGUUCUGGUUUCAACUCAAUUAGUGGUGGCGUAUAUGCCAUGGUCUGGGAUGAUGACCAGAUCGCAGUGUACUUCUUCCCUCGUGGUUCAAUUCCGCAGGAUCUCCUUGCAGAGGCGCCGCUGCCUGAUACGUGGGGCACGCCAAUGGCGCGAUGGCCGUCCUCGAGCUGUGAUAUGGCCAAAUUCUUCAAGAACCACUCGAUUAUCAUCAAUACUACGCUCUGUGGGCAAUGGGCGGGAAGUGUCUGGGGCUCAACAGGCGUCCCAGGUCAGGAAUCAAGCUGUGCCACACGUACGGGAUAUUCGACGUGCGAGGACUUUGUACGCAACAGCGGUGCGUCGUUCGGUCAAGCGUACUGGGAGAUAUCGAGUAUGAAGGUGUAUCAGACGUCUCGUCAAUCAUAGAACUCAUAAUAUGGAACAGUAUACAUUUAUUUGGGAAUUAGAGGGUUGUAUUGGAUAUAUGUAUCAGCGUAGAAUAUUUGGAUAAUG